UCUGAUCGCCUUCUGAAAACCGGAGCAGCCGUUGUCAUGGCGCAGGGGACAUCGAAGCUGAAAGCGAAGCCUAAGAAAAAGACCGCCAACAAGCCUACGGUGAUGAGGAAAGGAGCCCGAACAAUCGCCCCAAAGAAGUCUCGGGUGAUACACCAGCAGAAGCUGAAGAAGAAUCUGGAAGUUCAGAUCCGGAAUAAGAUCGAGCAUGACGUCACCAUGAAAGCCAGCGCCAAAAUGCAUAAGAAGCUCACCCUGCUGAAGUCCCCGGCCCAGACAGACAAGAGAGGCAAGAGCGCCCCCGCUGGGCCCAGCAAGACAUGAGCAGAGAGAUCGGAGGGGAGAUGAGAGCCGGACGAUGUUCAC